GCUUCCGCUCUAACCGCCGCCGCCGCCGGGAUGCUUCGCGGGCUGGUCCCCUUCUCCGGCCGGGGCGGCCUUCUGGGCCGGAGUCUGGCGCCGCUCCUGGCCGCGCCUUCGCGGGGCCGCAAGACGCGCCACGACCCCCCCGCCAAAUCCAAAGCCGGCAGGGUCAAGGUGCCGCCGCCCGUCGACCCGGCCGAGCUGCUGGUGGUGCUGGGCCGCUACGAGCGCUAUAGGCGGGUCAUGACCGCCCUCAGGUGAGGCGCUGGGGAAGCCUGCCACUCAGCCCGGCCGGCCAAUCAGGGCAGCCGGCGGGCCCGUGGAGGCGGGGCCAAGUGGACCUGGAAGGGGAGUCUCGGGGGUGGGGGAGGCGAAGUGGGGGGCCGGGCUCUGGCUCCUCUCCCUUUCUCUGCUGCGCCAAUUUAUUCAGAUUCAGGUAGGUAGGUGGGCUGACGCAGUCGAAAUAAAUUUUAAAAAUUAAAAAAUUGUCCAGUAGCACCUUAGAGACCAACUAAGUUCUUGGGAGAAAAGCAAUGACAAACCUAGACAGCAUCUUAAAAUGCAAAGACAUCACCUUGCCAACAAAGGUCGGUAUAGUUCAAGCUAUGGUUUUCCCCGUAGUGAUGUAUGGAAGUGAGAGCUGGACCAUAAAGAAGGCUGAUCGCCGAAGAAUUGAUGCUUUUGAAUUCUGGUGCUGGAGGAGACUCUUGAGAGUCCCAUGGACUGCAAGAAGAUCAAACCUAUCCAUUCUGAAGGAAAUCAGCCCUGACUGCUCACUGGAAGGACAGAUCCUGAAGCUGAGGCUCCAAGACUUUGGCCACCUUAUGAGAAGAGAAGACUCCCUGGAAAAGACCCUGAUGUUGGGAAAGAUGGAAGGCACAAGGAGAAGGGGACGACAGAGGACAAGAUGGUUGGACCAGCAUGAGUUUGACCAAACUGCGGGAGGCAGUGGAAGACAGGAGUGCCUGGCGUGCUCUGGUCCAUGGGGUCACGAAGAGUCGGACACGACUAAACAACAACUACAAAAGUUUGUUCUGGAUAUAAGCUUUUGUGUGCAUGAACACUUCUUCAUGAAUCUAGAAUCAUGGAGGAAUCUAGAAUCUCCAUGAAUCUAGAAUUAUGGAAGGCAGCACAUUGAGCUGCAUGAAAUGGAAGAAGUGUGCAUGCGAACGAAAGCUUAUAACCAAAACAAACUUAGCUGGUCUCUAAGGUGCUACUGGACAAUUUUUUAUUUUUUUAUUUAUUCCAAUUUAUUUAGUUAUUGUAGACCACAAGUUGAACAUGAGCCCACAGGGUGAUGCAGCAGCAGAAUUAAGUGAGUGCUAUUCAAGGCUGUCAUGGAUGCUUUAGUUGAGAUUCCUGCAUUGCAGGGGGUUGGACUAGGUGCAAAGAUGUGGCGUGACAGCCAUCUUCAAAUCGGUGUUUGAAACUCCCAGUGUUUUAGGUGCUUUUUUUUGCAGCAGGGCAUUUCAUUAGCGCAAGCAGUUUCUGAGCUCUGGGCUCAGUACUGUGCCUAAGAUUUCAGAUUAAAACUGCAGAGUGGAAGGAAAGGAGGAUGUUUUUCUGCCUCCCCACUUCCAGAUACUCUCUGAAAACUGGAGAAGAGACCCUCUUAAGAAUAUUAGGGGGGUGGGCAGGGGAAGGACUAGACCAUGUGAUAAAUGAACAUAAUAUUUUAGCUGCAGUUCAUUUAUUUUCAGCUUUGUAUUCUUGUUAUUAAAAAAGUGUGCCUAGACAUUCCAAUGUUGCAUCCAUAACCUAAGUUUAAGGUGCCAUUUAGAUCCUAGCUUGCAUAUCUCAGUUUCUAACACUGCUUCAAGUGUCUGAAGGGCUGUCACAUAGAGGCCAGGACUUGAACCAAUGGCUUCAAGCUCCAAGGAAGGAGAUUCAAACUUAAACAUCAGGAAGAACAGUCUGAUAGUAAGAGCUGUUUGACAGUCUUGCUCGGGAGGUGGUGGACUCUCCCUUCUUGGAGGGUUUUAAGCAGAGUAUGGAUGACCACCUGUCACAUUGAUUUAGUUGAGAUUCCUGCAUGGUAGGGGAUUCUAUGAUUUAUAUAUUAAAUGUGUAUACCACCCUUCAUCUGAAGAGUUCAGGCAGUUCACAGCAUAAAAAUACAAGAUAAAACACAGCUGCGCAAACAUAAGUUCUGAAUGAUUGAUAGGCAUUCAUCAGGGUUGGGGGACCUGCGAUGGGAGUUGUAGUUCAGUGACAUCUGGAGGAUCCCAACCCUGCAUAUGACACAUGGGGCCCUUGUGACUCUUGCCUCUGCAGGGAAGAUAUCAGUAACAAAGGGGCAGCUGCUUUUUUAACAUUCCCUCCUAUGCUCUCCACCAGAGGCGAGUUCAAAGAAGAGGUGCUACGGAAACAUUAUGCAGAGAAGUAUGGGGAAGUCUGGAAGCAGAGAGAGGAGGCUGCAAACAAGGAGCAUCAAGAGCUGAUGGCCUGGAAUGACACAGAGAACAGGCGUCUACGGGAACGGAGGUGAGCAUGGCGUGUCUCUUGAUUUUUAAAUCUGCUGUUGAUUUCAUUACUCUUCUUGGCCUUUGGCUGUUUCUGUUGUCUUGAGAGCAGCAAGUGCUAAGUUCCUUCUGUGUCCCUAACCCCAGGGAGGAGCGCCUCCGAAAGGAAGCGGCAGCUGAUCAAGAACGCCGACUGCAAGGAGCCCAGAAUCGGGCUACCUAUAUGGAAGAAAUUCUCAAGGAGAAGGAGAAAGAGGUGCUCCAGUUGCAGGUAGGGAAGCCAGCAUGCUGCAAGCAGCUGCCUUCACUUUGACGCUUCUUCCUUAGAGCAAUCUUUUUGCUACUGCGGACUGGUUAAAUGUCAAAAUGCUACCUAGUUUUGAUGAUGUUUGGGGGACACAAAAUAAAAGAGAAACCAGGAUCAAACUGGAACGUGUCCAGAGGAGGGCAACCAAAAUGGUCAAAGGCCUGGAAACGAUGCCUUAAGAGGAACGGCUAAGGGAGCUGGGCAUGUUUAGCCUGGAGAAGAGGAGGUUAAGGGGUGAUAUGAUAGCCAUGUUCAAAUAUAUAAAAGGAUGUCACAUAGAGGAGGGAGAAAGGUUGUUUUCUGCUGCUCCAGAGAAGAGGACACGGAGCAAUGGAUCCAAACUACAAGAAAGAAGAUUCCACCUAAACAUUAGGAAGAACUUCCUGACAGUAAGAGCUGUUCGACAGUGGAAUUUGCUGCCAAGGAGUGUGGUGGAGUCUCCUUCUUUGGAGGUCUUUAAGCAGAGGCUUGACAACCAUAUGUCAGGAGUGCUCUGAUGGUGUUUCCUGCUUGGCAGGGAGUUGGACUCGAUGGCCCUUGUGGUCUCUUCCAACUCUAUGAUUCUAUGAUUCUAUCCUUUGGCUAUUGUUUUAGGUUACCAGAGGAGGGUGUGGCUGGGUUAAAAGUGGUAGGAGUCCAAAUACAGUGCUGGGGGAUUUUACUGAAGGCCACUGCUGCCUUUUCUCCAACCCUUUGGGCGCUGAUGCAAUGACAAAAGACUUGAAACAGACAACUCUGUGUGUUUGGAGUGUUGUUCAGGGGGAGAAAUACUGUGUUUGUAAAAUGCCUUCUUUUCCUCUUUUGCUGAUGCAGGAAGAAGCCAAGAACUUCAUCACCCCUGAAAAUAUAGAUGAGCGGAUUGAGGAGUGCCUAGACAACCCUCGCAACUACAAUUUUGCCAUUGAUAAGGAAGGAAGGAUAGCCAAGCGGAGCUUAUUGCCUUAGCAACUCAUACCAGAGGAGCCUGGGCGUCCUGGUAUUCCCUGCCAGAGUGGUUGAGUGUCCUUUCUGCUGCCAGAGUCACUGUGAGGGGACCAGGACUGGCUUGCUCAACUUCAUCAAUAAGACUGCUUUGAGACAUUCACCCUGAAAGAUGUAUAUCUUUGGGGUUUUAUACUUCCAGAACAUUGGUGCCCUUCUUGAAGACUUUGUUGCCGUUUUUCCGUAAUAAAAUACUGGGUUUCUCUUAGAGGUUUCAUUUGCUAUGUCCUGAGCAUUUUAAAGGUCUAUGGCAAAGAGGGGCCACAAAACUUCUCAGUGAGGAUUGGGCACAGAAUGGUGAGUGACCGUUGGGGAGGAAGCAUGGAAAUGGGGGUGGAACAGGGUGGAUUCUCGUUCUCAGGCUAACCAAACACCAAUUAGUGAACAUGCGGCAAUGUGAGUGGCAAAGAAAGCAUAUUACAGCUUGGUACCUGAUUGGGAGGUAUCUUUUGGAUAGUUCAGAAGGGGAAGGAUCCCUGGAGCUCUUGAGGGCUGACCUUGGUCAAUUGGCUGCACAUUUUGGGUAUAAUGUCGCUCAUCUUCUGAGAGACUUUAACUCCAUAGUUGUUGCAGUUCCAACUGAAGCACCAGGAAAGUGAUGUUCAGCCCUCUCGGAGUUAUGCUGUGGGCCCUGUUUUAUCCCCAAUGCUAUCUAAUAUCUAUAUGAAGCCAUUAGAAGUGGCUCUCCAUAUCUUCUUCUGUGCUAUACAGUGGUACCUCGGGUUACAUACGCUUCAGGUUACAGACUCCGCUAACCCAGAAAUAGUACCUCGGGUUAAGAACUUUGCUUCAGGAUGAGAACAGAAAUUGCACAGCAGCGGCGCAGCAGCAGUGGGAGGCCCCAUUAUCUGAAUUAACUGAAGUGGUGCUUCAGGUUAAGAACAGUUUCAGGUUAAGAACGGACCUCCGGAACAAAUUAAGUUCUUAACCCGAGGUACCACUGUACUGGCUGGGGCUGAUGGAACAGCAGGUUCGCCAUCCAUGGUCUGACGGUACAAAACACUCUUUGUAAAAUCCCCUUCUUGCUUCCAAACUACCUGCAAUCAGAAGCAUGCAAGAAGAGCUUACAGAAUAAGACCAAAUGCCCAUCCAGUCCAGUAGAGCAUGAGACUGAUUAAUCUCAGGGUCUUGGGUUCGUGCCCCACAUUGGAGAAAAGAUUCCUGCAUUGCAGAGAAUUGGACGAGAUGAUUCUCGCGGUCUCCUCCAACUCUACAGUUCUUUGAUUCUAUGCUCACAGUGGCUAACCAGAUGCCGAUCAGAUGCCCAUGGGAAGCCCCCUUGCAGGACGUGGGUGCAACAGCAGGCUCCCCACUUGUGAUUCCCAGCAACUGCUAUUGAGAGGCAUCGUGUCACCUUGGCUAGCAGCCAUUAAUAGCCUUACCCUCAAUGAAUUUGUCUUGACC